CGGCGGCCGCUCCGCCCCGGAAAGGUCCCUCUGGCGGCGGCGCGGCGGGUCCCGGAUCAUCCGCCAAGAUGGUGCGGAAACUGAAAUACCACGAGCAGAAGCUGCUGCGGCGGCUGGACCUGGUGAACUGGGAGGCGUCGGGCGGGAACCUGGCGGAGGUGCGGGCGCUGCGGCGGUACCGGGUGGGCCGGCGGGAGGACUACGUGCAGUACAAGGCGCUGGCCCGCGCCGUGCGGGCCCUGGCCCGGCGGCUCCGCGACCUGGGCCCGGCCAGCGCCGCCUUCCGCGCCCGCUGCGCCGCCGCGCUGCUGGAGAAGCUGCACGGGCUGGGGCUGGUGAACAGCCGGCAGUCUCUGGCCGUCUGCGAGAGCCUCUCGGCCGCCGCCUUCUGCCGCCGGCGCCUGCCGUGCCUGCUGGUGAAGCUGCGCAUGGCGCAGAACCUGCGCCACGCCGUCACCUUCGUGGAGCAGGGCCACGUCCGCGUGGGGCCCGAGGUGGUGACGGACCCCGCGCUGCUCGUGCCCCGCGCCGUCGAGGACUUCAUCACCUGGGUGGACGCGUCCCGCCUGCGGCAGAAGGUGCUCGACUACAACCAGGAGCGCGACGACUUCGACCUGGCCGCCUAGGGCUGCCCUGCUCACAGGACAACACACCCCGAUAAAACCACGGCGGUGGCACCGCGGGAUAUUCACACACCGGCAAAGGGAGCCAGAAGGCAACUGUGCGCUUCCAGUUUUGUAUUGACCUGCUCCUGGCUCCCUUUUGUAGCUAAUGGUUCCAUUCAUCCAUGCAGAGGAACAUCCUUUACACAUCCACUGCUUCAAGAAUACGUCCAGUGGCCAGCUCCAUCAUUGUCCCCAGCGUGCCCAGCUCCAUCAUCAUUAUCAUCAUCAUCAUCAUCGCUGGCAUUGCCAGCCUCACUGUCAGCCCAGCAGUUCAGCUCCAUCAUCGUUAUCCCUGGCGCUCCCAGCCUCCCUGUCAGCCCAGCAACUCAGCACCAUCGUUAUCCCCAGCAUGACAAGCUCCAUCAUCAUCGUUAUCCCUGGCACUCCCAGCCUCCCUGCCAGCCCAGCAGCUCAGCCCCAAUCAUAAUACCCAGCCUGCCCAGCUGCAUCAUCCUAAAAAGUGCAUCUCCAUCAUCCUUACACCCCAUAAAGCAAAAGUGCUUGGAAAAGUCUCUGCCCAAACACCGGAGAGAAUUUUUGUCAAGCUUUAAGUGCUUGGCAGCUUAAUAGCAGCUGUUGGAAGGGAUUUUAAGCCAAGCCAAGUGGCUGUUUUAAGACUGAGUUUACCAGAUUUGCUGCUCUUUUUCCAAGAAGUCGUCCUGAUUCCUCCUGCAGCUGUUGAAUGCACAGGAAUCAGAGUUACUUCUGGAGAAGUUUUCCCUUGAUAUCAAGGAGGGAGUGCAGGGAUUUCUGGGGGUCAGCAGUAAACAAGAAGGCCAAAUACCGUGUUUCUGGAACUGUCAAAGUUUUAGCCAAAAACAGAAUUAAAAAAAAAUCCAAAAAACUUUAUUGUCAUGUGAAGUUGUAAAGGGAAGUUUGAUGCUUUGAGUUCAGUGUCUUUGCUGUGUGGGGUUCCACAUGACCAUUAGGCAUCAUUUACGGAACAGGAUCUAACUGCAGAGGUGCUGGAGCAAAAGCUGAUCUAACCAUAACUGCAGAUUUGGGGGAACUUUUGCAUUUAGUACAUUAGCCAGGGGCUGCUGGCAACUUUGUUCCCUUUUGAUAAAAAAAAGCAGAAAACAAAAUAAAACUGUUGCAUUUUUUCAGCUGGUGAAGAAAUGUGUGGACUGCUUUAUGAUAUAGUUUCUCUGAGUUUAUUCUGAUUUUUAAAUGUUCUAAUAAGCAGUGUUUCCCACCUUUCAGGACUUUUUUUUUUUUUUAAUUUCAAGUUUUUACGUAACUUACAUAAGUCUGGUUUUGUUUUAAUAGCUAGAAGGCUACUGAGUUCUAACAUAUCUAUGCUAGGAAUGCUCUCUUUCCCUUACCCAGGGCUAUAAAUGGAUUUGGCAGUAGGUUUAGGAGCAGAGCUGUGACUGUCCAUCCCAAAUCCAAAGAGCUGGAGUGUAGCUACUGUCAAAGCUCUGGAUUUGGAUGCUUUUUUGAACAGAAAAAGUGUUCAGGUGAGGUAUGUUUUGGAGGUAUUACAUGACCACAGUCUAACAAAUAUUUUGUCAGGUGUUUAAAAGGCAAACAGAAUGUUGACAUUUCUUCCCAACCUCAUAAGCCAGCUGUAUUAAGCAGAGAAAAUAUUAAAUUAAUAAUAGAUAUUAAAAAAAGGACACUAAACAGGUGGGUAAACCCUUUGCCUACAACUGCUGUCUGUACUUGAAUUUAUUUCAGGAACCCUAACCUCAACAACAUCUUAACCUUUUUCUUAGAGCAUGCACCUUGCUUAUGGUAAGAAAUGCAAAUGGAAAAAAAUUUGCACACCUGAAGCCUGACUUUUAAACACCUUCCCAGCUUCCCUCUCCUCUAGAACAAUGCCAUUAUUUCUUGGGAAAUUUAGAAGGUGCCUUAUUCAGGUGUAGGUAAAAACAGUGCUUUUGCUGGGCUUUACUAUUUUGGAGCAAUUUAAGUAACAGCACAGUGACUGUGGAGGGAAUUUUACUACUGAGAUGCUAAACUCCUCAUCUGCCCAGUGUGUGCAACCCUUAGAGAACUG